ACAGGGAAGAGGAGCCUGAGAACAGGGAGCGGUCAGACUCCAUUUUCACCUGGACGAGCAGAAGGAAGGAAAGUGAGCAGAUAAACAUUGAAACUGGUGUGAAAGAUCAUUUCACUGUGUUCUGCUGUAAACUGAGCGCAGAACCAGAAGGAAAUAGACCAGACCUUGAAUAUCCAGAAGAGCAGCGUGGCCUGAACCACAACUGAGCCGCAGCCGGUGCAACAUGGACGAGGACACUUCAGAGCAAGUUGGACCCUCAACCACAAAAGGUCAGGACCACAGACUGAGAGCAGAGUCUCCAGGGUCCAGCUGUCUGUCUCUGAAGAGUGACCAGUCCAUGGAUCCUCCUCUAUUCUUCAGUAAAGAACCUGGACCCUCACCCACAGAGGAGAGGAAGAGGAGUCAUGUUUCUGAGGAGGAGCAGUCGUCCUGCUGUGCUUCGUGUCAGGACGUCCUGAAGGAUCCAGUCUCCACCAGCUGUGGACACUGGUUCUGCAGACAGUGCAUCACCUCAUACUGGGACCAGUCUGGUUCUUCAGGAGACUCCUCCUGUCCCCAGUGUGGACAAAGAUCCAGAACAGCAGCUGGAGAUCGUGGUCUGCAGGAGGUUUCAGAUGAACAUAAGCUCAGUCUGAGGAGGAGAUGUGAACAUGUGACUGAAGGAAGUGAUGAAACAGGAAGUAGAACCCUCCUCAACAGGAUCUACACUGAGCUCUACAUCACAGAGGGACAGAGUGAAGAGGUUAAUACUCAACAUGAGGUGAGGCAGCUUGAGACGGCUUCCAAGAUGAAGAUCCUCCAGGACACUCCCAUCAAGGUCCACGACAUCUUUAAAGCCUCCACUGACCAGCAGAGCAGCAUCAGAGUCGUCCUGACCAACGGAGUCGCUGGCGUUGGAAAAACCUUCUCGGUGCAGAAGUUCACUCUGGACUGGGCAGAGGGUUUAGAGAACCAGGAUGUGGGUCUGCUGGCUGUGCUUUCCUUCAGGGAGCUGAACCUGGUGAAGGACCAGCAGCACAGUCUUCUCACGCUGCUCCAUGUUUUCCAUCCAGAGUUACAGAAGCUCACGGCAGAGACGCUCGCUGUCUGUAAACCUUUGUUCAUCUUUGACGGCCUGGAUGAAAGCAGACCUUCUCUGGACUUCAACCACAGGGAGCUUGUGUCUGAGGUCACACAGAGGUCAUCAGUCAACGUGCUGCUGACAAACCUCAUCCGGGGGAAUCUGCUUCCCUCGGCUCUCGUCUGGAUAACCUCCAGACCUGCGGCGGCCAAUCAGAUCCCUCCUGCAUGUGUUGACAGGGUCACAGAAGUACGAGGCUUCACUGAGGCCCAGAAGGAGGAGUACUUCAGGAGGAGGUUCAGUGAUGAAGAGCUGUGCAGCAGAAUCAUCUCACACAUCAAGACGUCCAGGAGCCUCCACAUCAUGUGUCAAAUCCCAGUCUUCUGCUGGAUCAGUGCUACAGUUCUGGAGCACAUGUUGACCACAGACCAGAGAGGAGAGCUGCCCAAGACCCUGACUGACCUGUACUCACACUUCCUGCUGGUUCAGACAAAGAGGAAGAACAACAAGUACGGUGAGGGACAUGAGACGAGUCCACAGCAGCUGACGGAGGCUGACAGGGACGUUCUCCUGAAGCUGGGGAGGCUGGCACUUAAACAUCUGGAGGAAGGAAACAUCAUGUUCUACCAAGAAGACCUGGAGAGGUGUGGUCUUAAUGUCACAGAGGCCUCGGUGUACUCAGGAGUUUGUACUGAGAUCUUCAGAAGAGAGUGUGUGAUCUUCCAGAAAUCAGUCUACUGCUUUGUUCAUCUGAGCGUUCAGGAGUUUCUGGCUGCAGUCUACAUGUUCCACUGUUACACUGAGUGGAACACAGAAGAACUCAACAACUUCUUGGGACAUUAUGGGAACACAAACAGUUCCUUCUCCCUGAAUGACCUCCUGAAGAGAACCAUGAAGAAAUCCCUCACCAGUACAAAUGGUCAUCUGGACCUGUUUGUUCGCUUCCUUCACGGCCUCAGUCUGGAGUCCAACCAGAGAGUCUUAGGAGCCCUGCUGGGUCGGACAGGGAACAUUCCAGAGAUCAUCCAGAGAGUCAUCAACAACCUGAAGGAGAUGGAGAGUGAUGACAUUUCUCCUGACAGAAGCAUCAACAUCUUCCACUGUCUGACUGAGAUGAACGACCACUCAGUUCAUCAGCAGAUGAAACAGUUCCUGACGUCAGAGAACAGAUCAGAGGAGAAACUCUCUGAGAUCCACUGCUCAGCUCUGGCCUACAUGCUGCAGAUGUCAGAGGAGGUUCUGGAUGAGUUCGACCUGAAGAAGUUCAACACAUCAGACCAGGGUCGACUGAGACUGAUCCCAGCUGUGAGGAACUGCAGGAAGGCUGUACUCGUUGAUUGUGAACUCUCAGAGACUCACUGUGAAGUCGUGGCCUCAGCUCUGAAGUCAGACCCCUCACAUCUGAGAGAACUGGAUCUGAGUGACAACGAGCUGCAGGAUUCAGGAGUGAAGCUGCUGUGUUCUGGACUGGAGAGUCCAAACUGUGGACUGGAGACUCUGAGGUUGGUGUACUGCAGUCUGUCAGAGAUCAGCUGUUCUUCUCUGGCUUCAGCUCUGAGGUCAAACCCCUCUCAUCUGAGAGAACUGGAUCUGAGCUACAACUACCUGCAGGACUCAAGAGUGAAGGAGCUGUGUGGUUUUCUACAGAGUCCAACCUGUCACCUGGAGACUCUGAGGUUGAAGUGGUGCAGUCUGUCAGAGAUCAGCUGUUCUUCUCUGGCCUCAGCUCUGAAGUCAGACCCCUCUCAUCUGAGAGAACUGGAUCUGAGUCACAACGAGCUGCAGGAUUCAGGAGUGAAGCUGCUGUGUUCUGGACUGGAGAGUCCAAACUGUCGACUGGAGACUCUGAGGUUGGAGAACUGCAGUCUGUCAGAGAUCAGCUGUUCUUCUCUGGCUUCAGCUCUGAGGUCAAACCCCUCUCAUCUGAGAAAACUGGAUCUGAGCUUCAACGGCCUGCAGGACUCAAGAGUGAAGGAGCUGUGUGGUUUUCUACAGAGUUCAACCUGUCGACUGGAGACUCUGAGGUUGGAGAGCUGCAGUCUGUCAGAGAUCAGCUGUUCUUCUCUGGCUUCAGCUCUGAGGUCAAACCCCUAUCAUCUGAGAAAACUGGAUCUGAGGAACAACAAGCUGCAGGACUCAGCAGUGAAGGAGCUGCUUGAUCUACAGCAGAGUCCAAACUGUCGACUGGAGACUCUGAGGUGGGACGGGUCUUUGUGGAGUUGAGAGUGAAGAGGACAGUGUGUGUGGACGGAGGCUGAGCUGUGUCCUGAGGAUCCAGAGGCUGAAGCAGCAGCAGCUUGUGUGUAGUCUCCAAUCUACACAACCCCUAAUCUGCAUGUGUUUGUGAGAUGAAGCCGGAGCACCUGGAGAAAACACGGGGAGAACAUGCAGACUCCACACAGGAAGACCCCAUCUGAACCGGAUUCAAACCAGCAACCUUCCUGCCCUGAUUGUGUUUAUUCACAUGUAGAAUGUGUUUAUUGAAAUGACACAACACAAGCAGAAUAUAUAAACCCUCUAUAAAGAGUCACAUACACAAAGUUCAACACAUUGAAAUCCCUUUGAGUUCAAAAUCAGAGUUUUGUCUUUGACACAAAAGAUCAAAACUCUGGACUUAAAAAUGGGACGUUUUCAUUUCUGCAUCAGGUGCAGAGCGGUGGUGGCUUUUCUACUUUUGACCCACAGGUGGCGCUGCAGUACAACAGCAGCACAUCCCAGUCAAAGGCUUUAUAUUCAGUCUAUGAGUCAAACACAUGGAUCAUUUCCUCUGUGACAAACCAUUACAUUAUUAUUACAUUAGCUGACACUUUUGUCCAAAGCGACUUACAUUUUAAGUACACUCAACAUUUAUGAGGGGCCAUCUAGGGGUUCAGUAUCUUGCCAAGGACACUUAGGCAUGCAGAUGGGAUGAAGAGCAUAAACAAACAUCUUUCCCGUAUGAAGAUGUUUGUUUAUGCUUCUUCUUCUUCUUCAUCAUCUUCAUCAUCUCUGACAAACGUUCAUCCUAACGUCUGUACGACGUUAGGAUGCCCCCCCCCAGCCAUCACCCCAACUUAAACAGCACCCCCCCAUCCGUACAGCGCCCCCCCAACAAUAAUCUGUUAGUUUUUUUAAUCUGUUGGUUUUAUGAUUUCACUUCUUUCAUUUUGAUUCUAAAAUCCUCUUUGUUUUUCGCUAUGAUUUAGUUUUUGAUUUUUUUUAACAUGUCUUUGGUUUAACCCUCUAACCCUUCUCCAUCCAACCCCCCCCGUACCGCCAGGGAUUCGAACCAGCAACCUUCUUGUUGCAGAGCACCCGCUCCAUCCGCUAGGCCACGCUCUCCCCAAACCAGAUGUAACGAGAAGAAAAACAUCUCAGAGAGAAAAGUUCUGUUUCUACUUGUCUCUGCUUUAAUGCUCAAUAAACAUCCUUCAACUGG